CGGUUGGUUUGACAAGAUGGCGGCGGCGAGGCGGCGCGGGCCGGCUCUUCCGGCCCUGUGCUUCCCAGCUUCUAAGGCCCGCGCGGUUCUGUGAAGCGAGCCCGCCAGGCCCCAGGCAUGGGCUUGCCGCCUCCGGCCCCUCUGCUCUUGGGGCUCCUCCUUCUGCUGGGCAUCCUGAGGCUGCUGUGGGGGGACCUGGUUUUCAUUCCUGCUUUCAUCCGCAUGACCGGUCCCGCGGUCACUGCGUCCCUGGUGGGAGGCACCGAAGAUGUGACCGUGUCCCUGACCCUGCUGCAGGACAAGGAAGGAUUAUUGCCGGUUCCAGCUUGUGGAGUGCUGACCAAUGAGACGGGAGACUGGAGCUUGACUGUGACCCCCACUGUGAAUGCGCUGGAGGUGACAGUGAGGUUGAAGAGGGGUUGGCAAAGGUGUUCCUCUAAUGAGACGGAGUCCUCCUCAGAGUCCCCGUGUAUGGUCCAGGCUCUUCUGGUUUCAGCAUCUCGCAAUUCAUCCUGUUUAGCUCAUCUGCUCAUCCGAGUGGAAAUUUAUGCCAACUCUUCUUUGGCCCAUAAUGCAUCAGAGAAUGUGACUGUUAUUCCCAAUCAGGUGUAUCAGCCCCUGGGUCCUUGUCCCUGCAAUCUGACAGCCGGGGCCUGCGAUGUUCGCUGCUGCUGUGACCAGGAAUGCUCGUCCGAUCUAACGGAGCUGUUCAGAGAGGCCUGUUUCACCGGCAUUUUCGGAGGCGACGUCAGUCCCGACUCUGACCACCUGUGCUCUGUGCAGGAGAGCCGCGGGGUGCCCGGCUGGUUCCCAUUCCUGUGUGUGCAGUCCUCGCCGGCCAACUCGCCCUUCCUGGGCUACUUCUACCAUGGCUCCGUCUCCUCUCAGCGGCGUGCUUCCUUUAGAGUGCCUCUGCGUGCUGAUCUAAGAGACCUCUCAGACUUUGGUUACAAGCAAGGAGAUCCGAUCAUGACUGUAGACAAGACAUAUUUCACCAUUCCACAGGUGUCCCUGGCUGGGCAGUGCAUGCAGAACGCACCGGUGGCCUUCCUUCACAAUUUUGAUGUUCGGUGCGCUACUAAUUUGGAAGCCUACCAAGAGCAAGAUGGUGGCGUCAUCCACGUGAAGAUCAAGAAUGGUGCGGUGGGAGGCGUCGUUACACCAAGAGUAACCUAUGAGGAAGCCGCUGACCCAGACGCAUUCAUCACCAGGACAGGAACACUUUUAAGCAAUGAAUCAGCCUCCAGAAACGUGAAUGUGGAAGAACAUUACAUUUUCAGAUGGAAUAAUAAUACAAUCAGUGAAAUAAAUGUCAAAAUUAUCCGGGCAGAAAUUAAUGCCCACCAGAAAGGGAUCAUGACACAGAGAUUUACAGUAAAAUUUUUAAGCUAUAAUAGUGGUGAUGAAAAGGAAUUUUCUGGAAAUCCAGGUUACCAACUUGGCAAGCCAGUUCGAGCUCUGGAUAUCAACAGGAUGAAUAAUGAGACGACCUUACACCUUUGGCAAUCGGCUGGAAGGGGUUUGUGUACAUCAGCAACUUUCAAACCCGUUUUGUUUGGAGAAGAUACACUGUCUGGAUGUCUUCUAGAAGUCGGGAUCCAUGAAAACUGUACUCGGCUCAGGGAGAAUGCUGCCGAACUACUUGACUCGUUAGUACGAGCAACUCAUGUUGCAACGAGAGGCAACUCCGAUUACAACGAUCCUAGUGACGGCUGGCUGGAAAUAAUCCGCGCAGAUGCCGCCGACCCAGGUGCAGCCCCGCCAGGUGCAGCCCCGCCUGUCAGCGUCCGGGGCCUCUGCGCUGCUGUUCCCGCCCGGCUGCACAUCCGCAUCCUCGUCUCAGAUGCCGGCGCAGUGGAAGGGAUGACUCAGCACGAAAUCGUUGGCGUAGAGACAAGGCUCUCUACAGUGAACUGGCAGUUCCAGUGUGGGCUUACCUGUGAGGAUAAGGCCGACCUUUUCCCUGUCAGUGCCUCUGUCCAGUUCAUUAAGAUACCUGCCCAGUUACCCCGGCCACUGACAAGAUUCCAGAUCAAUUUUACAGAGUAUGACUGUAACAGAAAUGAGGUGUGUUGGCCGCAACUUCUAUAUCCACUGACCCGUUAUUAUCAAGGGGAACCUUAUUCUCAGUGCGUAGCCAAGGGCUUACUCUUGUUAUCCUUCUUCGUAUUAGCUGUGUUCCUCAGUAACCCCUGGACCAGAACAUGCAAAGCUUGAAAUGCAACUACCACCUGACUUCUUACAGACCACAGACUUUUGCUUCAGUGACUUGUCGUACUCCUAUGCCUUUGUAAAGUUGUAAUAAAUGCAGCACCCAGCAGUGCUUUAUUUUUGAGAUUUUUUAAAAGUUAAGUGCACUGCGGAUUUAAUUCACAUACGUAACUAUCCAGGUGUGCGGAGCGAUGCAGAGCAGACACUCUCAUUGCUGGACCAGACCAAGCAAAAUGCAUAAGAGGGUCAACUGUGUAAAUAAAUGUUAUCAGACGCUUUUGUGUAUAUCACAAGUUCCCACAGUCACGGGAGUUUUGGUCCACAUGUUCUUCUUACUUUAGAAAGUAUUUUCUUUAAAUUCUUAUAUAUUUCCAAUGAAUUGGUUGGUUAAUUUCCUCUAUUUCAAAGAAAGAAUUAAAAAUUCAUAAAGCCUUAAAAAUGUAUAUACCAUAAAAUGUAUGUAUUAUUUUGUAAAUAUACACAAAUAAAUUGAGGAGGGAAGAUGUGGAGGCUGAAGGAGGGAAAGUAAUAUUGGGAGGAGAGUAAAACAAAACCAGGAGGAGAGGUCAGCACAAGUAUGAUCAGGUACAGGAAUCAUAGACCCAUGUAAAAUAAGCUGGUUUUCAGUGAAGGAUAGUUUUUCCUAGUUGAUGCUUGAGAGAAAUUCCUCCUGUGGCUCCCUACGAGGGGACAGACAGCAUGAUGUAGGGUGGGGGUGGGGGGAUGGAUGUCAUCAACCACAGCCCACAGGGCCACAUGGCAAAUCUCUGCAUCUUCUUUGUGGACUAGACAAAUUUUAGUCAUGUAUCAGAUGGACUUUGUACAGGGUCAGUAAACCUAAUUUUGA